UUGGACUUGGCAAAUCAACUACUGAACCACGACACCCAUCUAAUUGGAACAAUUAGAAAGAAUAGAAGGGAUUUGCCAAUGGCAGUAGUCGAAGCCAAACUGGAAAAAGGCGAAUCCAUAGCUAUGGAGAAUCAACGGGGUAUAACUGUUCUCAAAUGGAAUAAUAAGCGCGACGUCUUAGUGCUUUCGAAGAAACACUCAAAUGGAAAACGAACGGCUCUAAAGAAAGGUAGAGCUAUUAAAAAACCAAAAAUUAUACUUGCCUACAAUGAAGCAAAAAGUUCAGUCGAUAUGAGUGAUCAAAUGACUUCAUACUCAUCACCACUCAGAAAAACUGUGAAGUGGUACAAAAAGCUGGCCAUUGAGCUUAUUUUAAACACAGCCGAUUAUGUAUAA